UUAAAAUACUCUAAUUCCUACCUACGAAACUUUUUGAAAAUCCUAUAAAUCAAUAGUCUGAUAAUUAGAAUUUGAGAUUUCCAAAUUUAUGACACAUCUUCCAAAUUUAUUGAUCUCACAUCACAAAAACCUGUCACAAUAUUAUAAUAGUCACAAUUUUGAUGCUUCCUACAAUAAUAGUGUAGUCCAACUAUUUUUAUUAUACUAAUAUAUAGCAAUGGAGUCAUCCAUGACGCAUUGUGAACAAAUUGAUCAAGGGCAAAGAUUUGAUUCACACUUUUUUUCUUUUUUUGUUUUUUGGGAUAAUGAUCGUGUUGACAACUAUAUAUGCAUGCUAUUAAAAUAUUAUUGUAACGGUAAGUAUUAUUACUAUCAUAGCAAUGGAGCCAUGCAUCCAAAAGGCAUUGCGAGGAAACUCAUUAAGCGCGGUUUAAUUAGAAAGUAUAGUUUUAAGCUUGAACUGUAAAUCCCUAAAAUAAAAUUUUGAAGUUUAAAAUUUUAAUAAAAUUUUUAGUGAUAAAAAGUUUUUAUUAAAAAGUUGUUAGUGUUCGACAAAACUAUAAUUAGAUGUUUUAAUGCUUUUACGCUAAAUAUAUGGUAACCAAACUGAUUUAAAGCUUUUAAAUGUAAUAAAUAACAAUAGAUAAUAUUAUAAAAGUGUGUUAUUGACUUAUUAUUUUACAAGUACUUAUUUUUAUAUCUGAAUCCCAUUAGAUCAAUCAAAGGUCUAGGUGUAGAGAGGUGUUCGGUACCAAACAGUUCAAAUUCCUACUAGAACUCUUUUGGGCCCUAGAGCUCUUUAAGAGACUUUUAAGUUUUAACACAGCCCACACACUCUCAAGUAUAUAUUUAUCUGUAAUUGUUCUCUUACCCUUGUUGAGAGUCCAUAAUUUCACGAGUGAUGUCUACUAUUUUUUAGAUAUCCAUAUUUUAUUAAAACGUAAUUGAAUUAUGUGUAUGGACAAUGUAUAAUAAGGAGCGUGAAAUAAUUAAUGGCCUAUAUUUAUAUUACAUCUCUUGAAAUAGAAAAUGAUUUAUUAUUUAUCAUUAUUUAUUGGGAUAAUUACACAUAACCCACCUGUGGUUUGGACGAAAAUCACUUUGCUUACCCGUGGUUUGAAAAGUAUCACUUAACCCACCUGAGGUGUGUUUCCGUCACUCUUCGUAACCCACCUCGGUCUCUGCCGUUACAAAAACACCUUUUAACCCCAAAACAGAACAUAACGCGAAUCAAAACCCCCAAAACUCAAACACUUUUCGAGAGAGACACCCAAGGUGCAAUCAGGCUUGUUCUUCGCGGUUUGGAGCGUGUGUAGAGGGAGAAAGCACUUGUUUGCAUCAUCGAACCUGGGCAAGGAAUCGUGUUAUGUUGAGAUGUCUUCAUCAAGUGGUAAUUUCUCGGGUUCAUGUGGACAUAUGUGCAAUGAGCAGACUUGUGUUUUGAGAACAAGUUUGAGUUUGCACAAUUUUGGGAGGAGGUUCUUGGGUUGUAGCCGUUAUAAGGUUGGUCCUAAGUGUCCUUUCUUUGUUUGGAUUGAUAACCCAACCUGUCCUCGUGGGAAUGAAGCUGCACCUUUGGCUCUAGAGAAGAUGUCUAGGCUUCAGACUGCUCUCCAACUUGCAAAUGAGAGGGAAAUGACAGCUCUGGAAACGGCAGAAGAAGCUAGGAAAAUGGCAGAAAAGGCUCUUGAAGAGGAAGCCAAAGCCAAGGAGAGGGAGAGAAAGGCUCGAGCUGUCUGUGCAAAAGCUAAGGAAAAAGCCAUUCUUGCUAAAGAGAAGCAAAGAAUGUGGAAGUCUGCAUGCAUUUUGUCAUGGAUCUUUUUUGUUAUUGUUAUGUUGUUGUGUUUUGGCUCAAUUGAGUUCUCUGGAGUGAAGAGACCUAGAUUGUUGCCCCUGAAGUAGUUAAUUGGUUAGUAGAGAUAGUUAUGGCAAUGGUGUUAAUGAAUUUGCAUUGUAAUAGCACUAGCCUACUGAUGUAAUGUUUUGAUGUUGCAAUGAAUGAAGAAUUGGUCAAUUCUUGAGAA